CGUACAGUGGACGGAAAACAUUUGAUGCGUAGUGAAACCUCCGCUUUCAAAUCCCUCCGUAGUAUAGUGGUGUGGACGGGGCCUGAGCCUAGCUGCCAGGCUGGACGGACAGACCCCACACUGGACACCUCUCCCCGCUGAAUCUCUUUUGCCAGGGAUUCACAGUAAUCUAACUAAACCCCACAUAUAACUAUUUAAAAGGACACUUCCCAUUGCGUCCCCUCCCGCCUAACAGCUCAGAAACUGGGAACGAAAUAAAGGCACGCAGCCGCGCCUGCAUUUACCUCCGCUGUACGGAGAAAACUGUACAAGAUGGCGGAGAAGAUAGUCAGAAGAAAGUAAUAAACUGCUGGUGAUAAAUGCAAUAUGAUUUAUCUACGACUGCCCUUGAGGCGCCUGAACCAUUUGGCUUUAAAUCCCUUGAGAUUUCCCUGUCACCCUCAGCUGUCUGCUGUACCUUUACUCUGUUCACAGCAGCACAAGAGACACAGUAGCAAUUGGGUAUCAUCUGCUUAUUAUAUAUUUUCACCGGAUUUGCCACCAAUUUAUGCCCUUCAAGUAUUCUUAGAGACAGUUCAUUCAUGGAGUCAUCUUCCAUGGUGGGCAGUCAUUGUUGGUUCCACGGUUGUUUUAAGAAGUAUUGUGACGGUUCCCUUGGCAGUUCACCAAAACAAACUCCUUACUACAAUUGAACUAUCCCAACCGACACUUCAGAUGAUGACUGAGGCUUUGAAAGUGAGAGUGGCUGGAGAGGGCCGAAGGAUGAAUCUAUCAGCUGAGCAGGCACAUCGAAAGUUCAGAAAAGAACAAAGAAAGCUGAUUUAUAAUUACUACAAAUCUGAGGGCCUCACUCCAAUGAAGCUUUAUAUUUUGCCAUUGACCCAACUUCCACUAUGGUUCUUCCUCUCCUUAUCAAUCAGAAACCUGACUGGAUUUUUUCCAUGGCAAAACAAUGAAGGUGCUGAAAAGAUACUUCCCUGCCCAGAGAUGACAACUGAGGGCACUCUUUGGUUUUCAAACCUCACCAUAGCUGAUCCCACUCUUAUUUUGCCCUUUGCUGUUGGUAUUUUUAAUCUCCUGAAUAUUGAGCUUAAUGCCCUGCGGCGACACGAGGCAACAACAUUUCACCAGAUGGUGACCAAUACCCUGAGGUUUGUUUCAGUGGGAAUGAUUUUUGUCGCCUCACAAGUCCCAACAGCAAUGUGCCUUUACUGGGCAGUUUCUGGCACGCAUGUGGCAUGA